AGAACAAGGAUUAAGAUUCUUUCCACAUCGAAAAUUCUAAUUGAAUUCCACUGCAAAUCUAGAAAAUUUGCUUGAGCAAAAGAGUUGUGGUUCAACUGCGUCAUCAUGAAGAUCAAGAGCUUGCUUUGUGUCCUAUUUUAUUCAUUGUUGAUAUUUUCGUUUUUUGAACCAUGUUUUGCAAACUUUAUUAGUUCCAGCGAAGGCUUACGUCGACUUGAAGUUAAACGUGUUGCAAACAGUUUUGAGACCCUUGUUUCUAAGGACAGGCAUCGUUGGUCUUCCAGAACGAAAGCUCUUUCGUGGAAAGCAUUGCAAGAAUAUGGAAAGGAUUUGCAGGCAGAGAAGCAAGAAUUAUCACCUCUGGCAAAUUCGAGAUAUAAAGAAAUGUCUCUCCAUGGAAAUGUGAUACCAGAUGGUGGAUACUAUGUUGAUUUAGAAAUUGGUGGACAAAAAACUGCUGCUCAAAUUGAUACUGGAAGCUCCAACUUGAUAAUACCCAUCCGCGGUUGUAAAGGUUGUAGUUCUGAGGGUAUGAUUGACAUAAGUCAGAGCCCUUCAGGAUUCGUCAUACCCUGCAAUUCAUCUUCUUGCAACUCAAAGACUUGUAGUUCUCAACUUUGUAUCACCGAAAGCUGUUCGAAGACAAAUAAUGCCUGUUGUUACGAGGCACUCGGUGUAUCAGGCUGUUUCUUUUUGAUAGUUUAUGGCACCGGGGCAGCUGCUGGAGUCUACUUUAACGAUACUGUGCAGAUAGCUGGGUUCUCAACCAGAGCAACUAUUGGUGGAAUAUUACGUAAUGUAUCAGAUUAUCCCGUUGGAAAGGCAACUGGUGUAAUAGGUAUGGCGUUUAAAGGUGCAAGUUGCAAUCCUUCUUGUGCCACGCCGCUUUUUGAAGACCUUGUUCGAACGAAUAACCUUUCUGAUAUAUUCUCAAUCCGGCUGGGAAACGAAGGUGGAUCUCUCACAUUAGGCGGUAUAGACCAUAGUUUAUAUAGUGGUGAUAUUCAUUAUAUUCCUCUAAGACAUGGAGCGAACUCUUUAUUGUAUGACUUGAGUUGUAAAGGUAUUAAAAUAGGCAAUAGUAGCUUGAUAUCAACUAGCUCUGGAGCUGUUGUUGAUUCAGGCACAACGACUCUCGUAUUUGAUUCAAAAUAUUUUGAAGACGUGAAAAAGUAUUUUCAGUCUAAUCUGUGUGACAUUCCGCUAGUCUGUUCGAAUAGUUCGGUAUCUGAAACCAUCUUCACUGGAGGCGGAGGUGUUUGUGGUUUUUUCUCUUCUAGCGACAUUGAAAAAUUUCCUACAAUAACUAUCGAGAUAACAUCCAAUUUUCAUAUCAGUCUUGAACCAAAAGACUACAUGCUGCAAGUUCCUCUCAGUGAUAUUGAAAGUAAUGGUAAUACAACCAUUCCUGAGAAGUCAAGAACAAGUUCUUCUGGUGAUAAUGCGUAUUGUUUUACCAUUUUGGAAUUCCCAGGUUUGGAGUCCUCUGAAGGCUAUAGUAUGAUUUUGGGAGACACCGUGUUAAAAAACUAUUACGUUGUUUUUAACCGCGAAAAUUACAGUGUUGGAUUUGCUAGUUUAUCAUGAAAAUAUUUCCAUCUUCUCAGGAUAGCAA